AUGUUGAAUUUGGCGAGACAGAGCUUACUAGCGCUCGCAUGUGCAAGCGCCAUCAUUGCGACUCCUACACCUUCCACAGAGGCGGAUGCCGUUCUCACUCGCGACCUCGCAAUACGGCAAGACACUGUUGAGAACUGCACAGAAAACUACACAACGAAGAAUGGACUCGCAUUCAAGCUAUACUGCCAGCAGAAUGCGCCUUUAAGCGAUGCAGUUCGAGAAACAACCGGGGCGGGAGUCUGGUUUUACACUGCGACUUGGGAUGAAUGUAUGGAACACUGCUCGCGCUUCUCAGGCGAUGCGUGUUACGGUAUGACCUGGACUGUACCCGGCAACCAUUGCUGGUUGAAGACGAGCAAUGUCUCCACUGAAGCCCUUGUACCCGCACCAGAAGCAAUAACCGGCCUCCUCAUCGACAGAAAUCAGAUGAAAGGUUACGACACCAAGUGUCCGAAUGCAGACUUAUCGGACAAGCCUCUCCCAGGCGUCGAGGGCAUAACAUACACAACACACUGCGGCAAAGUAAUCGACGAGCCACCACGCUGUUUCGAAGAAUACGACUGUUUCGACCCAGACUACCGCGCCUUCUACCACACCGAAACCCUCGAAGAAUGCCUCAAGAUCUGCACGGGACUACACCCCCUCUGCCGCGCCGUAUCCUGGAACCCAGAUCUGACCGCGGGCUACGCAAACUGCAAGCCCAAAUACGGCAAUUCGCCCAAAUUCAUCAGUCCUACCGCAAAACAAGGCGUCAUCCACGCUGCCGAAAUCGUCGAAUUCGACAUCCCAGAUACCAAAUGCCCGGAGCAAAACACAUACCAAGCCAGUGGGGGUGACAAACCGCGUUUUGAUAUCCAUUGCGGAAAGACGAACCCAGGACGCAACAUCACGAAUCUCCACACGCACAACAUGACGGCUUGCAUAGAUGCGUGCGCCGCAAGCGACCAAGGCUGCAAAGCCGUCUUGUUCUCCUCAACACUCGAUAGCGGCUACAACAACUGCUACCUGCAAAACACCUCGAGCAUAAUCUCCGACUUGUCAACUUCCACCUACGCCGUCCUCUCCAACGCCGACAUCCCUUCUUCCUCGCCCUCCAACUCCUCCUCCUCCAACGCCCCGUCUUCCUCCUCAUCCUCAUCCUCCAAUGACAGCGAAGGAGGAAGCAAAGCCUGGAUCGCCGGCCCCGUCGUCGGCGGCAUCGCCGCCCUCGCCGCCAUUAUCUUCGCAGUCUUCUGGUGGCGCCGCCGCAAAGCCGCCAAGCAAGGCGCGGUGGAGAAAGAUGCGCAGACUGCGGGAUAUGGGAGUGUACCUGUGCAUGAUGAGCCGGGUUAUUAUCCGCAUGAGGGUCAUGCGGGUAGGGCGGAGAUGUAUACCCCCGGACAGACGAAUGAGUUGCCAGGGAGUAUCAAGUAUGCGCAUAAUGGGGGGGAGCCGCAGGAGUUGCCGUAG